AUGGCUGAACUGGGCAAAGGUUUGCAAGAACAGAAAGACCAGGUGAAACAGGCUCUGAACGGCUCGGCCACACUGGUUCGUCAAGCUUCGAAUCUGCAGCAGAAUACGCUGAACAUGUUGAAGAAAGAAGCUGCCGAGACUGACAACAGAAUUGAUCGGCUAACUACAAUGGUUGAUGGAAUGCGCCGUAAUGUCGAGGGUAUUCGUGCGUCGUUAGUAUCGCCAUUGAACGAGACCACAUUCGCAGAUGUGGACAAAUCGGCUGAUCAUGUGACUAGCCUACUUGCCGAUUCGGACAAGGUACUAGCCUCAGCUCGAGAUAGCCUAGCGGAACUAAAGAAUGCUACAGAUAAAGCCGUCUCUGAAGCUACCGAUGCUCUGCAGGGGAUCAAAAAGACGAGAAGUAACGUCAAAGAGCUUUCUGUCCUGGUUCCAAAACUGAUGGAAUCAUACGACAACAUGCACAACAGUGCAACGAACAGGACGGCUAAGGUGGAGGCAUGUGUCGACAAGAUCGCUGCCCUCAAGGAGCAGAUCGCUGUCGCCAGAGAUGCUGCGAAUAGAAUUAAACUCGGCGCUCACUUCGAACAAGGCAGCUCAUUGGACUUGGCGAUGCCGCACCGUGUUGCACGAUCCGCCGCUCACACGGAUAUUUCCUUCCAUUUCCGUACAGCCAAGGAACACGGUAUCCCAUUGUUCUUCGGUAACGAAGAAGGAUCUGCUGGUACUCGCGCCGUUCCUACUGAUGACUAUAUCGCCGUGGAAAUCGAGUACGGUCAACCAAAGGUCACCAUCAACCUUGGCGAGAAACCUCUUGUUAUUCGACUGAACACGUGA